AUGAGUGAAGAACAAUCUUUAGAUAAUAAUAUUAAUUAUAACAUUAAUCGGUUAUUCAAUGAAAAUGGUGAGAAUUGGGAUCUUAAAUCAUUGCCACUCCAACAUUUACAAACUAUUGAUGCAAUCAUUGCCUAUCCUGAUGACCUUCAACUGUUUGAUAACAAAUACAAUGUUGAAAUUAUUCAUAAGAUAAUAAAUCUAUCGUUAUACCUCAGAAGAUACUUUAGUGUUGAAAAUCAUAGAGUACCUCACCCUGAUUUCCUACAGUUCAACCGUUCACUCUUUAAAAAUAUAGAUUCUAUCAAUAAGCUGUAUGCAGUGUGUGAAACCAAUGAACUUCUAUCCGUCAUCAACAUUUACUUUAAACACUAUUUGGAUUCGAUCAAAUCACUCGAUAGCUUUGAAGAUGUUGAUGUUAAUCUAAUGUUUUAUCUAUACAAAGUCAGUAAACAGCGAAACUUCCUAAAAUAUAUUACUCUCGAAUCAAUCUGUAUAGAUAGAAUUAACAAUGAUACUACUCUAUCUGACACCGUUAGAUUCAAUCUCAUAUUGAUAGUUAUGUAUUAUAAAAGAACAUUAAUUACUGAUUUGCAUCAACAUCACCAAUUAGUAUUAGAAAUGAUUAUUAAAUUAAUGAGUAGUAAAAUGAAUAGUUAUUAUCAUCAUCAACUAUCAGUAUUCAACGAGUAUUUCAAAGUAAAUGAAAGUAACAUGCUAGUUGUUCAAGAGUGUUUCAAACAAAACAGGUUCAAAUCAACAAUGGAUUUCAUUUAUUCAACAUUCUAUAGAUUUAUAUCUACACCAGAGGAUAUUUAUAAGCAAAUUUCAAAGUUGGGAUUGGAGUCGCACUACUAUCUAAUGUUGGCGCUACCAACUAGCUACCUAAAGGAGGAAAAGACUGCCAAUCAUUUCAUCAAGAAUAUUUCCUUUUCUAACCUCGAUUCAUUCAUACUUCCUUAUCUUUAUCAUCAGAAAGGUAUAGAUAUCCCUGAAGCUCUAUACGAUCACAUAGUCAAGAUAUCUCUAAAGUUUGAAGAUAUCAUCAAGAGCAUGGAUAUCGCAAGCAAAAUAGAGAGAUAUCAUCAUCCUCGAUUUCAAGAAACCAUCGUCCAAUCGUUUGUUUCUCUUUACAACCAAAAGAAAGAUCCAAUGUUCAUUUUGAUUUCAUUUUAUCUAAUGACAGGUUUCCGAUCAUUGUCUUCCAGUUUUAGUGUUGCUACUUUACGUCCACAUCUAGAUGUCAUCGCACCAACCUUUGUUAACAAGACAUUGUUUAUGUUACCUCAGUUUCAAUUGCAAAAACAUAAUAUUGAACUAUGGACUUUGGUAUCAGUAUUAUUGAAUAAAGAGCAAAUCUCCCUCUUGCUCGAGAAAGCACCGGUCGACAUGCAAUUCAAAUUUGUCCUAUCAACAAGCAAUCCAUAUCAAUCGCUUGUGACACUGCUUCAUAUUCUCAGAACAACAGUGGGAUCAACCGAGGGGUUGAAUCAAGUUUUUAAACAACUUUAUUUACAGGUCGACAAUUGUCAGUAUCUAUUGGAAGCAUUGUCAUUCUUUUUAGAUAAUAAUGUUACUAGUUUAUGGGAUGGUAUGCAUCGAUAUAAAAAUCUUUCAUUGCUAAUGGAAAAACUAAAGGCAAAUGGUCGUGAAUAUUUCGAUAAGUUAAUCAAAGUUAUUCAAGUCAAUCCUUAUAUCAAUAUCCUGUUGAAAAACCAACGUCAAAAAGAUAAAGAGUUUCUCAAAUAUAUACCAGAUUCAAAAUACUAUAUCGAUGAACAACAACAACAACUACAAGACAAUCAUUUAGUAAAUAAUAAUGUUAGUAAUAAUAGCAAUAAUAAUAUUUGUAUCGAAAGUAGUGCACCACCAACCAUCAUAUUAAACCCUGUCAUUCUAAAGUAUAUUAUUGAACUGGUAAUAGUACAGCCACACAGUAAGAGCAAGUGGUUGGUGGAAUUGUCUACGGUUUCCAAACUGUUCCAUCAGAUAUGUUCAAAGAUUCUAUCUAACGGUGUCAAUCAAAGAGUUAAAAUCAAGAGUUCCAUCGGUCACAUCGGUUCAACAUUCUGUUUAUUCAGUAAUCCACCACUUCAUCUUAGGAGUAUAGAGUUGGAGUUCAUUCCCCGUGAGCAUCUUCAUUCAUGUUUGGAAAAUCUAGAGUCGCUAACUCAAUACUUUUGGAUGAAUCAGAUGUCCUAUACAACUUUUAAUAUCCAUAUGAUCGAAGCAAAGAAUCUAAAGCAUAUCAAAUUCUAUGAAAAGAUAUACGAGUUUGAAAGAAUAGGUGUUGAAUGUAAAGAUCUUUAUCGAAUGGUUGAAUGCACUCUCAAUCCUUAUGAUAACACAGACACAGACACAGACACAGACUCUCACUCUGACAUGGCCGUACAAUCAAGUGAAUCUCACUUUUUCCAAGUGUUGUUAGAUCACUACAAUAAUGAUAGAUUACAAUCGAUCGAGUACGAUUCAUGUCGCUCCGGUUUGGAAACACAAGCUCACUACCACUCUCUUCCAUUGUUGUCGCAGCUCAAGCAUCAAAAGUCAAUCGAUGUAAAUGCUUCGCUUGACUUUUCAGAUAUUUCCUUCAAGAUUGGAGCCAAGGAUACUGAACCUCUUACCAAAGUGGUGAUGAGCGAUCUAGAUAUGCUGUUUCUAAUGGAUGCCAAAAUUAAUGAUCAUCAUCGACCGAAGUCUGAAGUUGAUUUAAAAAUUUAA